CCGCCCCCUUUUUCACCGCGGGCGCGCAUACGUAGAACGGAAGCGGAAGAAGCCGCCGCUCCACGUGGGAAGACGCGAUCGCCUCCGAAGCAAUUCACCUGAUUCAGCUGCAAAACGUCCCACAUUCCACCUGCAAAGCACUCUUCCCCAUAGCCAUCACUACAAAAAACAACCCACAAUAAAAAAAUUUGCCUCAGUAUUGCCAUUAGAUGAGAUUUUCUGGCUGUAAUAAAUUAAUUUAACUUUUUUUUACUGUUAUUCCUGAAAAUGGAUUUUCGGUUUAAUUUUUUUAUUGAUGAAAAUGAGAACAACAAAGCAGACACUCACGAUGGGAUGGACUCACGGCUACGCUCUCCAAAAUGCUCACAGGAAUCCACAGAAAAGAGCGAACAAACUGCGGGUCCCGUAGCAGGCUCCAGCCCAAGGCUGGGCACCGAUAAACAUGGAGAUGAGACACCAUCCAAGAAAAAGCUCUGCUUUAAAGCUGCCAAGGAGCAUGAUAUUCCUGAGGACCUUUAUAAAGUAUUGGAAAAUAAAGUCAUGGAAAGAGCAUCAGACCUGUAUUACGUCAACAUGUCCGUAGUGGAAAUGACAUGUCUGGAUGAUGCCGACAGGGAAGGCAUUGUGUCUCAAAGCGUUACUUCUCACUCCGAUCUCAUCCCGGGGGUCUACGAGGGAGGGCUGAAAAUCUGGGAAUGCACCUUUGAUCUCAUAGACUUUUUUUCUGAGGCUGAAAUACGCUUUACCAACAAGAGCGUAUUGGAUCUUGGCUGUGGAGCUGGACUGCUGGGAAUAGUUGCCUUAAAGGGAAAAGCUGGAAAAGUCCAUUUUCAGGACUACAAUAGCACAGUGAUUGAUGAGAUCACCUUGCCUAACGCGGUGGCUAACUGUGUAGAUGAAGGCAGUUGGAUGGGCGGUGGUGGAGAUGGAAAAACUCACAAACCUCCUUCGAAGAGGCCCAAAAAAGCAGAGUGCUCACCCGACGCACUCACCACAUGCAGAUUUUUUUCUGGAGAGUGGUCUGAAGUCAGCCAGCUCCUGUUAAGCAGCAACAAACCCUUUUCAAAGUAUGAUAUCAUUCUCACCUCUGAGACCAUCUAUAACCCUGACUACUACGGUGCUUUGCACGACACCCUGGCAAAGCUUCUGGAUAAACACGGCCGUGUGUAUUUGGCAAGCAAAGCACAUUAUUUUGGGGUUGGUGGCGGUAUCCACCUCUUUGAGAAAUUUGUCGAAGAGAGAAAGGUGUUUAAGACCAGUAUAGUUAAAAUAAUUGAUAAAGGACUGCAGCGAUAUAUUAUGGAAAUGGCCUUUAAGGAUUCCAGUUAAAAUUCAACCCCUGGCCCUUCAAAAAUAUCUUAAAGACAAAAUGUUUUAAUCCUCAUAUCUCUUUGCUUUUUCCUCUGUUGAGUUAUUCUGGUUUGACAAAUUAAGGAUGCUGGUUACGGAAAUGUUUGACAAAUCCUGAUGUUUGACUAGAAGUGAAAGACUCCCCUGAUUUUUGCGUUGAAAAAUGGAGUUCUGCUUGAAGCAGCAUCUGUUUAUGCCAAUUAAUUGUCAUUUAAUGAAGCAAGUCAUUGUCCCAUUCUCAGGCAGUGCCAGAACUGUAUGUCACAGGAGUGGCUGCUGCAUUCAACUGCAGCCAGACAUUUCGGAAUUGAGAGCACACCUGCGCACUCUGCUGCAUUGCCACCAGAGGGAGAUGCCACAGUAUUUGUCACUUGUGUUCGAUUCUGCUGGCAAUCUCACAAAUCCUUGUUAAUGUUUCCAUAUGGCUUUUAUUCAAGCCUUUGAAAAAGCGUGCCAGGGAAUACUCACUCCUGCAGUCUGUGAAUUUUCACAUUCAGAUUUUAACAUACCACUCAAAGAAAAUUUCUGCAAGUAAUUGCAAAAAGCCAUACUGUUUUUAGAAAUAAUAAACCCAAUUUCUGUUUUAGAAGCUGAGUUGAAAUAAGGUUCUACAUGAGGAGUUCCUUAAAACAACCAACCAACAAACCUACAAAUGCAGUCCAGGAAACUGCAGGAUGACAGAGCUGAGCUUUAGGUGACAAGUGGGAAAGGAGAGAAACUGCACUAUUACAGCAGAAUGCUAACUAGAGUGCUGUCCUGGUUUGGGGGGUUUGGGUUGGUUUUUGGUUUUGUUUUUUUUGUUUGUUUGUUUUAAGAUAUUUUCCAGAAAUUAAACUGCUUGUACAACUAUGGCCGUUUUCAAAAUUUGCUGGGGGGGUACUACUGAACACUCACACAUCUUCAAUCUUUUCAUCAGUUUGGCAGCCUGGGUACAAGUCACUCCCGUGUCCUAGGCUGAAGAAAUUACCUUACCAAAAAAUGCAAGCAAACCCAAAAAACUACACCACCUGGUCCUGAGUGCUUUGUAUCACCAACAAUUCACACACACAAAAAAAAAAAAUCCAUUGCACUUUUUGUCUUAAAUAAAACAAGACAAAAAGCUAUUACACAACUCUACCAGGUACAUCAAAGCUACUGCUUAUCGUCUUGCAGUGCUUUAUUGGGUGCCCUUGCAGAAAUAUAAACCUAGAGACAGUCAACCACUACAGUAAGCUGGAUGCGAGGAUACUCCAUGUAGGGGAGAAAGGACAAUAGCCUGAGGGGAUGGAAAAAAAAACCUUAUUACAGCAGUGACCUAAAUCACUUCAAUUACUGCAUAAAGUUCCCGUCAUUGAAGGCUAUGAAAGUCUACUGCAACAUUCCUGUUUUGACAAUGUUGCUAUUAUGAUAGAGUCAUAGAGGAUUUCCUGUACUUUAUGGAAGAUCCUUAACAACUACUGCUGUUUCAAAAACAAUUUUAAGUAGACUAUUUUAAAGGGAUGCUUUGGAAACUAAUGAAGUUGUUCUUUUAUAGGAGAGCGCGGGGGAGGAAAACGAGUCAGUUGUCCAUGGCUGUGAUGGCACUUUGGAAUUUUUGUGCGUGAGCUCCAAGACUUAUGAUAGAUAACUGCUGGCUACAGAGUGAGGAACAGAAGGAAGUUUUAGCUUUGGCAGAUCAAUGUUAACGGUUCUUUUUCAUCAAAACUGGGAAGUUGGAAACAAAGUGACUACCACUUGCCAUUUUUCAAACCUCAAUCAUAAGACAAAUCAUGGCUUGCACAUAGUGACUGAAUAGCUUGUUCUCAACCUGCUAGGUCUAGCGCUGUUUCAGAGUGCUACCUGAAGUAAUACAAAAUGUUGACCACUGUGACAACGAAUAUGGUUAAGAACAAGGAUCUCAUGUACUUUUUUGAUUAAUAAAGGCAGCACUUACAGUUUUCUACCAUAAUGCCUCCUCUUGAAAAUACUCCAUGAUCAAACUCACUGUCGUGGGUUUAAUACAUUACUUCUUUGCUCAGCAUCCUCGCUUUAUUCUUGGAUUACUCAAACAUCACUGUUUUUGUGCAAACACAGAAUCAGAUUUUUUAGGACUUUCAAGUGAAGACUGCUACAGCCACAAUCUCACAGUGAUUACAUACCUGCAAAACAGGAAAUCCCACACACUAUAAUUAAGUUCCCGUUUCAGAAUUACAGAUGACAAUUAAUAAAGGCUGUUUUUCCUCAGGUGAAAUCAGCAAAAUCAGCAUUGGGAUGUCCAUAAUUCCAGAUGAGUUCUGUUCUAUUCUUAAGAGUCAGCAGAUACAUGCUGAGAAGCAGCAAAACUCAACACUUAGUUUCAUAGGCUGGUUGUUCUGUUGGUGUUUCAACAUCAAAUACUGGUUUCCCUAAUCUACAUUAAGGCUUUUUCUACCUGCCAAAUCAUCACCACCCUAGUGACCAGCUUCCUGCUUCUCUUCAUGAUCUGGAAUAAAGGAGGUCUUCCACU